UCUGACGUCAAGAGAAUACACGUUUCAUUCAACAAGCAAGAAACUAAGUUAUUUAUAACCCGCUGCAUCUCCAGGUUGUGAUCCUUGAGUGCGCAGUGAAAGGAAUACUCCCCAUUGGACUGAUGUAGCAUGCCUCCAUAACAAAAGCCACACGGCUCAUGUGCUAUGGUGACAGACGGGUACGGCACACCAUAAUACAGACCAGGACGCGUCGAUGGGAAUAACCACAGCUGAACAUUUGGAUAUUGCAAACUUUAUGUUUUGAAUCAUUUUCUUUCCCUUUGCAUACCUCCCCGUUAGAUGUCACUGGGCACUUUGGACAUGGAAAACCUCCUCUCUGACCAGACCUACAACUCUGUGAAUUCAAUACUGAGAAGAUCUGUGACUGGCUGGAAAAUGGCAGAUAUUCUGGAGCUGCGCACAGAUGGAAACUCUCUCCUGAAAGCAGUAUGGCUCAGACGCUUGAGACUCACCAGACUCUUGUUAGAAGGAGGUGCCUAUAUCAACGAGAGCAACGAACGUGGGGAGACACCUCUCAUGGUGGCCUGCAUGUCAGCACACUCUGACCAGCAGAGUGUGAGCAAAUCAAAGCUUGUCAAAUAUCUGCUUGACAACCAGGCGGAUCCGAAUAUACAGGACAAAGCCGGCAGGACAGCUCUGAUGCAUGCUUGUAUUCACAAGGCUGGGCAUGAAGUAGUGGAUCAUCUCCUGAGCAACGGUGCUGAUCCGAGUCUGGAGGACAGGAGCGGGGCUUCAGCUCUGGUCUAUGCCAUCAAUGCAGAUGAUAAGGAGACACUGAAGUUGCUCUUGGAUGCAUGCAAGGCUAAAGGCAAGGAGGUCAUCAUAAUCACAACGGACAAGUCCCCAUCUGGCACCAAGACCACCAAACAGUAUCUAAAUGUCCCCCCAUCUCCAGAGCUGGUUGAGAAGUCAUCCUCAGAAUGCUGCGCCUCUCCCUCUGACGUUGAUGUUACUGCAUCUUCGGCGUCUGAACAAAAUCAACAGAACACUGUCUUCAGUUUCCAGACAAAACUCAAAUCGUCCAGUGCAGCUGCAAAGCUCACAAACGGGCCCACAUCUCCAACCCGCCGACCCGCUAACCCCAAGCGUGCGCGUUUGCCUCAGCUUAAGAGGCUGCAAUCAGAGCCCUGGGGACUGAUUGCUCCCUCGGUUCUGGCCGCAGCCGCUGCCCAUGAGGAGAGUAAGAAAGCAUCCCCUGAUGAGGAUGUCGUUGCAGGGGUGAAUGGACUCUCUCUGAGCAAGAGAUCGGCCUUGUCCCGGCAGAACAGUGUGGACGGGAAGGACAGCUUAUUCCCACUGGUAGGCGAGCAGCCUUGCAAAAUGACAACCUCAUUAUCGGUUCCUCCAACCUCUAAACCAUCGUAUGAAAGAUCUCUCGGCCAGCAUCAGCCGCUGGCCCGGCGCAGUACGGUUCCUAUGGAGCAGGAGAACAGCAGCCUCAGCAGCGGACUAGUCAGCCUGAGAGACACAAUGCAUCGGAGACGUCUGGGAAACGAUCACUAUGACUCAGAUUCACAGCUCUAUUCAGACUCUGCCAUGUUAGACUCUCCCAAGGUCCCAGUGGAACGACGGAAACUAAACGCUUCUCCUCUUGCAAUGCUGACUAGUUCGAGAGAAUCUCUUGACAGCAACACAAGCACAUCCUCUCCAAGCACAGCACGCAGGCGUGCACCUGGCCUCCUGGAGAGGAGGGGCUCGGGCACAUUGCUGCUGGACUACAUCUCCCACACCAGGCCUGGCCACCUGCCCCCUCUCAACAUCAACCCCAACCCUCCUAUUCCAGAUAUUGGGGCGAGCAACAAGUCAUCCUCACCCCUGUCAACUGGUAUUAGAUCUAUAGCUCCAGUAGCACCAAACACACCAAAGAAAGGAGGUCUCAAGAUGAAGAAGAAACUUGUGAGAAGGCACUCUAUGCAAGUGGAGCAGAUGAAACAGCUUUCUGAUUUUGAAGAGGUUGCUCAUUAG